CAGUAAAGCAAGAUUAUGGAUGCCAAGUACGGUUAAAGGUUCCGAAAAGAAGAAAGGGGGCGUUGCAUUCCUAUCAGUAGCACACCGUUUGCAGAUUGUUGCCAGACUAUCGUCAAGACUUUGCUGGAAAACAAAAUCCGACGCCACUCUGCUUAAAGAACAUGUCUCUGUCGGGCUGGAUAUGUGUGGUCACAGGUGCAUCCAGAGGCAUUGGGAAAGGAAUUGCGCUGCAGCUUUCUGAGGCAGGCGCCACCAUCUACAUCACCGGACGUCAGGAAAAGACACUUAAAGAAACCGCGACGCAGGUAACCGAGCGGGGUGGUAAAUGUGUGCCAGUCAUCUGUGAUUCAACAAACGAUGGCGACAUCGAGAAACUGUUUGAACGCAUAAAACUAGAACAGAGUGGUAGACUGGAUCUGCUGGUCAACAAUGCAUACGCUGGAGUACAGGCUAUCUUUGAGAACCACGGGAAAAAGUUCUGGGAGAGUGAUCCAUCUUUGUGGGAUUCCUGCAACAACACAGGCCUGAGAAGCCAUUAUAUCUGCUCAGUGUAUGCCUCCCGAAUAAUGGUGGUUCGAGGUCAGGGUUUGAUUGUCAACAUUUCAUCCAUGGGAGGCUUGCGAUAUCUCUUCAAUGUGCCAUACGGAGUUGGGAAAGCGGGAUGUGACCGAAUGGCAGUCGACAUGGCUGUGGAGCUUCGGAGCCGGGGCGUAGCAUCUGUCAGUCUGUGGCCUGGACCAGUGAAGACAGAGCUAGUUUCUGAGUUCGUGCUUGCACCGGAUGGAGUAGAUCCCAAGAUGAAGAAUUUAUUUACCAAUGGUGAAACCACUGAAUUUAGUGGCCUGUGCGUUGUCAAACUCGCUAAAGAUAAAGACCUGAUGUCGUUGAGCGGAAAAAUCCUCUUGACCUGUGACCUGGCGAGGCGUUACGGGAUCAAAGAUGUCGAUGGGCGGGCUGUAGAAGACUACACAUCCCUGAAGUUCCUACUGACCCAAGUCCCAUAUAUCUCUUGGCUCUCAUCUUUUGUCCCUUCUUUCAUAAGAAUGCCACGCUUUCUGCUUCCCUUAGCAAGCAACCAUUUCUAACCACAAGACGAUGUGGCAGUGAAAACAUCUUUUGUGCCUACUUUUUAAUCCAAUCACCACAAGUGUCUGUUUACAUAAAAGACUCCGGGAAGUUUGAAUGGCUACUAUGGUGAAACCUCUAAAUUUGAUUUCAGUGCUUGUCAGGAAUGCUGGUCAACCUCUAAUUUUUUUUCUGAUGUUGAAACAAUUCUUCCUAGAGGAAAUUUAUGGAAAUGGGAUGCCAUCUGUUGUUGGAUGAAAUAUGUGUUAAAUACAGUACUGUUGUGUGCUUUGCAUUUGGUACUUGGGCCUUCAGUGCAGACUUGGUCCGACUCUUAAUACGGCCACUAUUAUGUCAAUACAGUAUUAUCGAAACCAAAUCAACUACACUGUACCAUUAAAUAUAUGACUGCA